GCAGCCUGUGCUCAGCGUCUGGACCUCAGUUUGGGACCCUGGAGGGACCCCGGAGCAGCGGCACCGGCACCGCCGCCGAGUCGGGGAGUGUGAGAAGGAGCUGGCUUCUCUGUGUCACAGCCUGUUUCAUCAGUCUCUUAUCCGGAGCUGGGACCAAGUCUUCUGCCAAGCCUUGGGGUCUGCUGGUGAUCAGAGCCGCCUUUCCUCAUCCUCUCAGACCACCGAACUUCUGCAACAGCUCUUCCCUCCUCUCUUGGAUGCCCUUCGAGAGCCCAAGUCAGGGCUGCUCCUCUGUCAGCCUCCAGGCCCUGUACCCCUUGCCCUGGGGCUCUGCACCUUGCAGACAACCUUGCUCUGGUUUUGGGGCAGAGCUCAGCAGCAUCUGGCAGCAUGGGCCCCAGGUUCCUUCCUGCUCCUGAUCCAGAAGGACUUACCUCCUCUGUUAAAUCAGGCAGAAGUUCUCUCUAGCCUGGCCUCAGAGGACAGCUUGGCCCUGGAGGUGGAGCAGCAGCUGGGCCUAGAAAUCCGGAAGCUGACAAUACAGAUCCAGCUCCUGCCUGAAGAGUCACUGAGUCUCUUUUUUCAACAAUGCUAUAAACAAGCGACACAGGGCUUCGAACUUCACAUGCCACGGGGUCGGUACUGGCGGCAUCGUCUUUGUCCUGAACUUCCCAGCAUUCCUAGUGAGUAUGCUGGGUUGGUGGUCCGCACUGUACUGGAGCCUGUAUUGCAAGGAUUGCAGGGUUUGCUACCUCCAGCCCAGGCCCCUGCCCUUGUCCAGGCAUUGACAGCCAUCCUGAGUGCCUGGCUUGACCACAUCCUCACCCAUGGGAUCCGGUUCAGCCUGCAGGGGACACUGCAGCUUAGACAAGAUUUUGGAGUGGUCCGAGAGCUGUUGGAAGAAGAGCGGUGGGGCCUGUCCCCUGAACUUCGCCAGAAUCUGCUCAUGCUCAACAUCUUCCAGCAGCUGGAUGGGGCCCUGCUGUGCCUAUUGCAGCAGCCCCUGCCCAAGACUCAAGUCCACAGAAGGCCUCCUUGUUGCUGUGCAUGUAAGGAGGUCCAAACCUCGGAAUUGCCCAGCAGCAGCCUCAACAGCCUGGAGAGCUUGGAGCCCCCUCUUCGGCCUGGAGCACCCCCAGCACAGACAGCUCAGCUGCUGAGCAUGCUUUGGGGUGGGGGACCUAGCCCCGAGGCUUACCUGGUGGGAAAUCAGCAGGCCUGGCUGGCCCUGAGGCAGCACCAGCGCCGCCCCUGGUGGCAACUGCCUUUUCUUUCCUGCCUGGAGACCAGUCCUGAACCCUAAGGAGUCUGAUCAGCAGUCAGGAAGUCAAUGCUCUGCAUUUCUGGCUGGGAAAGCCCAGACAUUGGAACUGCCUGUUAAAGAAGCCUACACCUGGAAGCUUGGAAGAAAACAUACGUGAGGACAAACUACACAGCCUGGGCUUACAAGCUGAGAAUCCAGGGUCACUCCAGUAUCUGGAAUCCAGAGUAAAUGGCAAUACCACAGCCUGGAGCCAGGAGGCUCAGGCCUAAUUCCCCAUCAGUGAAGACAUCUCGGGGCUAGACACUGGGAGGAGGGCCAUAGGGUUGUAUCCCAGAGGAAAGGGAAUGAGAAAAAGCUGCAGGAAACAGAGAGCCUAGAUGCCACUUAAGUGUCCAGAGUCAGACCAAACAUAAAGUUAGUACAUCAGGAACCGGA